ACGAUUGACAGUUUUGGGAAAUAAAUUGUAAAAUCUACAAAAUAUUCACUUUUUUAAAGAUAAUUUUUUCUGAAGAAAGCCUCUUGAAAAAAAUCGCCAUUUUGUAAACUUCUAAUCACGUCAUUGAGUGAUCAUUCUUAACAUUUUUAUAUUUAAACAUGUUGUUUUUCUGUGUUUAUUUGAAAGAAAUUUGCGUAACUUUUACACCACGAGGUUAGAAUCGUUAGUAUCUAAAGAAAGUGGAGUUAACGUAUCCUUUCUCAUCGUAAUUCAAGGAAAUAAAUAAAGAAUUUUAAAGGGGUUGUGUCGUGUUUUCAACACGCGUGACCACAGACUCAAAAAAAUUGGAGCCCAUUGCAAAAGGUGAAGUCAACGGAUAAAUGUCAGUGAGAGCGCUAUGACAGUCGAUUUUUUUUCAUCGAUGUGGCGCCGGUCCUGAUUGACGUCGAAUUAGAUCUGCCUGUGCGUGAGGCUGUGUGAUUUUUCUUAUAAAAAAAGAGGUUACAGCAUUCGACAAAACGAUAAGUAAACGUUAUAUUAGUGAGGAUUCUCUGUAACUUCCCGCGAGUUCCAAGUUAAAAGUCUGAAAAUUUUAGAACACAAGAAAAACUAUCUUUGAAAAAAAAAGAAAACAAAAGGGGAAACAAAUUAUGCUUUACAUAUUCAAGUCCAUGUGAAUGAUGAUGACAGUGUGUUGACCUAACUGAUUUUAAAACUAUGGCGAACAUUGCAGCACAGCGACUCAAACGGGAAUUCAAAGAGGUUAUAAAGAGCGAAGAAGUAGCAAGAUGCGCCAUUAAAGUAGAAUUGGUUAAUGAUAGUUUUACUGAAUUAAAGGGAGAAAUUGCUGGACCUCCAGAUACACCAUACGAGGGAGGAAAUUUUGUUCUCGAAAUUAAAGUACCUGAGACUUAUCCAUUUAAUCCACCUAAAGUACGAUUUAUAACAAAAAUAUGGCAUCCAAAUAUUUCUUCUGUUACUGGAGCUAUUUGUUUGGAUAUAUUAAAGGAUCAAUGGGCAGCCGCUAUGACCCUGCGAACAGUUCUUUUAUCAUUGCAAGCAUUAUUAUCGUCAGCAGAACCUGAUGAUCCUCAGGAUGCUGUAGUAGCUAAACAAUAUAAAGAACAUCCUGAGAUGUUUCGACAAACUGCAAAACAUUGGACGUCCGUCUACGCUGGCGGUCCAGCCACAAUGCCUGAAUUAGACGAUAAAAUAAGGCGAUUAACUGAUAUGGGCAUUGAAGAACACGAUGCAAGAGUCGCAUUAUCAUCAUAUAAUUGGGAUUUGGAAAGAGCCACUGAACAACUUUUUAGUUAGUGGCAACUUGGCAGUUACUCCUGCCUUGUCAUUAAUUCUGUCAUCGAGAGGACUCUUGAGAUGUAAUUACCAAAAAAAAAAAAAAAAAUAUUGACAUCACAUAUUAAUUCAUAGUCAAAUUGCAUAAUUGCAAUGACAAUAUGCGUUAUAAUUAUAAUAUAAAUCGCGUUCAAGUGGUUUUAAAAGAUCAAUUAAUCGAGAGUCUGUCUUUUUUUUUUUUUUUUACUUCAUUUGUAUCAUAGACAUGAGGACAUAAAAAACCACUAUUCAUCGAGAAUUAAAUAAGAGCUUCGAUUAAAUCGUAAACGGGCAUCAUUAAUGAAAAGAAUGCGCAUUAUGUUCCAUUGUUUGCAAUCAAAACGCAUUUCUUUUUUUUUCUUAUUUUCUCGAUAAAAAAAAGACGAAUAACAAAAAAAAAUCGAUAUUGAAAAGUUUCGAAACAGCUUCGAUUCCUCUUUUGGCUAAUUCUUUUAAUUAUUAUUCUAAUAACAAAUUAACGUAUCGUGCACAAUUGAAUCAAUUUUUUUAGAAUUUUUUUUUUUGUCAUGAUUUAUAAGUCAAAUGAACUUUAUAGAUUAAUUUUUCUUUCUUUUUUUUAUUGUAACAAAAGUUGUUAUACUUUAUUUAAAAAAAAUUUUUAUGAUUUUCCCCAUUUUUUUUUUCUAUACUAGUUUUAAUGAAAUUGUACAAAAUAAAUUAAUGUCCACAUCAAAAUUUUUGUUAACAUUUAUUAUUGUCAAUUUUAAUUUUAGAAAAAAAAUAAAUUUGCUUCCUUUAAUGAUUAGGGACACGAUAAGAAAAAUUUAAAUACAAUGCUUUUUAAUGUUUAGGUAUAUAUUGCCAUUGCUGUUGUUUGAUAUAUUUAAUAUAUUUAAUGUAAAAUUUUUAGAAAAAAGUCGCGAUUCAAAUAAAUGAAUUAUUAUUUUAAAAAAAAAUUACUUAAUUUUUUUGUUAUUUGAAUAAAUCGUGUUUUUUUAGAGUCAAAGGGUUUUAACAUUCCAGACUCAGGAACAAAGUUGCAUUUAUUACUUUGUCAUUAAAUUAAUAUAAAUUUUUGUUUAAAGAAGCGAUUCGGAAGAAAAUUCACAUAUAUUUUUCAUUAAUGGCAAUUAUUGAGAAAUUGAAAGUAAGUUGAUAAUAGAAAAUUUUUUCUCAAAAAGUGAAAAAGACAAAAAAAAUUCACUAAUAAGAGAAAAAUUGUUCAUUAUUUUUUUUUCAAGUGAAAAAAAUCACUAGUGUGAAAAGUCUUCUGUGUUCGCGUACAAUUAGCUUUUUUUUCAAAUAAUUUAUAAGGAGGGCUGUGUCACGAGGUGUGUCUAAAUAAUAUGAAUUUCUUAUAAAAUUCGGAAUGGUAAUUUAGUGGAUAAGCGAUUAUUGCAAAUUUAGGUUUUCAUAAAUGCUGUUAUUGAAUGUACAUUAAAUAUUUCAAAAAGAAAAUUAAUAUAACGAAUCUCUUUCAGUGUUAGCGUUUUACUUCAGUUUCCAGAAUUUUGUUACUACGAUAUAUAUAUAUAUUAUGUAUACCGGAUUUUUAUUACUAACAAAGUUGAACUUUUUAUUGUAAAUGGUCACCUGUUGGCCAGAGAAAAUAAAAAUCGCUUAUAAUGACGAUAA